AUGUCUUCUCGCACUUUCACUCAAGAUCAUUACUUUACUCAAAAACAAUGUCAAGGACAACGUAAUUUUUUUAAAAAUUGUAUACCAGCAACUGCUCAUUUUAAUAUAGUACAACGACUUACUGCUGGAUUAUCAACUCUACAUAAUGAAAUAUAUGAAAAGAAACUGGAUAUAUCAUACAUAAACACGAAUUUAAAAGUCAAAGUAAAUAGACAAGAAUUCCAAAUUUUAGCGCGUCGAUAUCGUGUACUUAACAAAGUAGGAAACGGUACCUUUUCUCAAGUAGUAUGUGCUGAGGAUACUUAUUAUCCUGAGGGACGUCUAGUAGCCAUUAAAAUUAUGAUUCCCAGAUUUAAUUCCAUUGGCAUUCAGGCAACUAAUGAUAACACCCAUAUCAUUAGACUUUUGAAUACAUUUAUGUUUAAAAAUCAUUUUUGUAUGGUAUUUGAUUAUUAUGGAGGAGGUGUACCACAAAUUCAUCAUAUGGCGAAUGAACAAUAUAAACUAUUAGCCCUUCGUAAACUGGCGUGUCAACUCUUAAUUGCAUUGAUGUAUACAAGAAAACUGGGAAUCUUACAUGCAGAUCUCAAAUUAGAAAAUAUAAUCUGUACGGCAGUUAUUGAUUUUGGUAAUGCGAUGAGAAUUGAAGAAACCCAUAAAUAUUUUGACACUUUUAAUGUUCAAACACUUUCAUACAGAGCACCAGAGGUAAUUAUGGGACUACCUUUUGGAAUCGGAAUUGAUAUAUGGUCAUUUGGAUGCAUAAUAUGUCAAAUUUGGCUUGGACGUCCAAUAUUUAAUAGUUCUAACAAAUUAGGGAUUAUAAGAGAAAUCGAACAAUUUUUGGGUCCACUUCCAGUUUCGGUAUAUAAAUCUGGAAAAUAUUUUGCAGAUUAUAAUUCUAAUGGUAGCAUUAAACCACGGAACAUUGUUGAGAAUGAGAAUGUAUCACAUUCCACAAGAAUGGAAAACAUUCGUAGAUUACUUAAUACACGUGAUAUUAAUUUUGUUGGCUUCAUCGACUAUAUAUUUAAUUAUGAUCCGAUAAAAAGGCCAACUCCUUCAGAAUGUUUAUUUCAUCCAUUUUUUACAUCAUUGUUUCCCUUUAAACUUUUAUUUGAUAGCCAAUUAAUGACUACUGAAAUUAGAGAUACGUUUAUCGAUGAUGAUCAAAUCCAACGGAAAAAUGAACGUAAUGAAUACGAAUAA